AUGGUCUCAAAACUGUUCGAAGAAAAGGCUGCCGCCGUUAAUGCUCUCCCACAAACUCCUAACAGGGACGAGCUUUUGAAGCUUUACGCUCUUUACAAACAGGCUACUGUUCAUGACAAUACCAAGGAGAAGCCUGGUAUCUUCAACAUGAAAGAUCGUUAUAAAUGGGAUGCCUGGGAAAGUUUGAAGGGUAUGUCGCAAGAGGAUGCUGAACAGGAAUACAUUCGCCUUGCUGAUGAGCUUUCUGCGAAGUACUCAGCUGAAAAUUAG